AAAAUAAUAUUAAAUAAAAAAGAAUAAGAAGAAUUCAAAGAAGUAAAAAGAAAAGGAUAUAAAGGAAUGUUCAGAAAUAUUUUAAGCCUUGUUACCAAGCCUUCCAAAUUGAGCCAAAAAACCUUUUACAACUUCGCUGCUGCUAAGAACGAAGUUUAGGUUUCCAAGAAAUAGCAAUAAGCUGGUGCCAAGAGAGAUUUAACUUAGUAUGUUGAAGGUUAAAUCGUCAACAGAAACCAACUUACUCUUAAGAAAUAAGAAGAUAUUGAAUAGUAUGUCCUCAAAUUAGUCAGAGGCUAUUUCAGAACUACUAAUAAAUAAGGUUUGAAUAUCAACUCUGUCUUACAAGACCACGGUUUGGAUGAGUUCGACUCUAUUGAAUUAGCCAUGCAAGUUGAAGAAGAUCUUGGUUACGUUAUUUCUGCUGAAACCAUCCCUGUCCUCAACAAAGUCAAGCAUUUCGUUAACUAUAUUAACCAUGUUGAACAAUUCAAGGCCGAAAACGGAAAGGCUCCUAUUGCUUGA